AUGUAUAGGGAUCUGCCAGCUGAGAAUGUAGACAGUGCCGAAAACAAAGAGGGAUCAAAAACACUUCUUUACACACCCGCCCCAGGAAACCCUUCAAAUUCAGAAAGCAUUGCACCAGGAUAUGGAGGCCCCUUGAAGGAUGUCCCUGCAGAGACGUUCAACUCUACAGCAAUACCCAAGUCCUACCACUCCCCUUGGGAGCAGGCUAUCAUUAACGACACCCCCAACCUGGCCGCGACCCUCAAUAUCAGGAUGCCUGUCCCUGAGCCCAGACCAGAGGCUCCUGAAUACAAGAGCUUUAACAGGGUGGCCACAACGUUUGGUGGUUUCGACAAAGCCCCCCAGAGCAGUGGGAUCACGUUCAAGCUCCCCGAGAUCGACCUGAACCUCCCCAACUACUCUGAGCUCCAGGACCCAGGGGUGAAACGGCCCACGUUCAACAGGGUCGCCCAGGGAUGGAUAACCGACGGCAUCCCACUGAUCCUGCCCACCGUGCCUCUGGAACCUACGCCCAUCCCUGAGUCCGAUGACCUCUAG